AUGAAAGAGGCAAAAUGCGGAGAGGCGGAAAUCAGCAGUUCGAGAAGUCUUAAAGGGUUGCGAAGGAAACACAAAGGCAUGAUUUAUGUCGAUCACUCUUGCGAGAAAUUAGACAAGGGCAGAGUUUGGAUGCGGGAGUUCAUAGAAGCAAACUUUCAAAAGUUAGUAUCAUCUCAUCCUCCUCCUUGUAAUUCCUUGCUAGAGUCUAAAUGCCAUGCUGAAACAGGCCCCACCAACAUGAUUGGUCUUUUCCUUGACUCCUUUCUUCGUAAGAGUCCACCUCCAUCUAAUAUGAUGGUCAUAUCCCGCCAACCAGCCUACAUUCCUGCAGAAUUCUCUCAUUUUCUUAACAAGCUAAGAGAGAAGGGAUACUACAUUAUUUUCCCGUUUCCUCUCGAAGAAAUGGCCUCCACUCAUGCCACCCCUCUUGCAAAGAGCCUUUGGAAAUAAUUCCUUGUGGAAGAUCCAGUGGCACUUGAGGAGGAUAAGUCCACUGAAACAGGUGAACCACCCUCUUGGUUUUGCAAUGUGUGUCAUCAUUUUGUUGCCCCAGGUCUUGCUGCUGGCCGAGGGUUGAUAAUUUCAUCAGGCAUCUCUCUACUCGAGAUCAUGCACGGCUGGUAA